GAACAGGCGAGGAAGGGAGACGGCGGCGGGGAGACGGGGAGAAGGGAGAGGGGGUAAAUGCAAAAGUUUCUUGGGGGUGUUUCACAAAAAUGACAGGAUUCUCGAAUUUUUCUUCUUUUCAUCGAAAUAAAUAUUAGUAUGAGGGUCUAAGUGAAAAUUAUACAGACUUGGGUCCUGUACCAUCGGGAUGAUUUGGGUUUAGUUGUGAUUUUUAGAAAGUAUGAGUAUUUUUCUGCAAAGUAGCCAGAGCUCGCGGGAGGCGACACGGGUCCUGUUUUCCCCGUGGGACGCGGAGAGCUGCUCAAACACGGCUUUUCUAUUUAUCGCAUAUGCAAUUUUUUUUCAACCCAUCGCAGAAGCUGUUUCCGUGCUCGGCUUUUCUUCAUUAACCGGCCCAUUAAGCCCCGCGGCCCAUAUUUGUCGUGCGUUUCGGCUUGUUCUGCUCGUUCUUUUCUUCUCCCCCCGUCGUCUUAUCCUGAAACCCUCCGCUAGGGUUUCGGAUUUCUACCCCAGCUGUCGAGGCGAUUUCACUUUUUCCUUCCAUUUUCGUUCAGAUGGAUCAUGUCAAGAUCCGUUUCUCUAGUAUGAGGUUCCAAAAGGUCAUUGAUUCACUUUCUGAAGAUCAAAAAGGCUUUGUUGUCAAGCAUGGUCUUCAAAAUCUGAUGGGUGUUCGUAAGUUCAGCAUUCCCAUUCCUCUCCUUGAAUGGGUCAUGGGUCAGGUCAUCACUGAUUCAUCUGAAUUUAAGCAUAGAGGGAAGUCUUUCAAGUUGACAACCUAUUUUGUUGAACAAAUCAUUGGAAUUCCAUCUGGAGACAUUCCUAUUAUCCUCGGUAACUGUGCUAAAAAAAAAUCUAAUACAUCAGUUCAGUCAAAUUCCGCUCUUCUCCCCGGAUCAAAGGUCUCCAUUCGUGACGCUGUUGCGAAGCUUUGUGCUGAACAUGAUGAAAAUUCUUUUAUCAGAUUGUUCAUGCUGGUUUCUCUUUCUACUAUUAUCUGUCCAACCACUCAGAAUUUUAUCAACACAAAUUACCUUCCUUACCUCAUGGAUAUUUCUGAAAUUAAAAAGUAUGAUUGGUAUAAUCAUGUCUUGAGUUACCUUUUAUCUGAGGUUAAGAAAUAUCAAGGGUUUAUUUCUUCAAAAGAUGAUGGCCAAAUAUAUGUUGGUUCUUGCCUCCCUCUCAUUGCAAUUGCUUACAUGGAUUUUCUAGACUUCAGUUCUGACUAUGCCAAUCAUCAUAACAUAUCAUACAAAGUGCCCAGAUUUUGCAAUGUGUCAUCUGCUGAUUUCUCUUUUGUGGCUACUGUGGACCGUAAUUUGAAGAAUCCUGGCCGCCCUUCAUUUGGUGUUCUUCCAUUUCGCAAUUUAAGUGCCACUCCAUACUUCAAACUACAGCCCAAGGCUCCUGUUGAUUCUGGUCCUUCAUUUCAAGUGACACCUAGUAUUCAAGAAUUAAUCAACAAACAUUGUGACUCACUGAAGACUGAUGUUUCUGAUGUAAUUGUUCGUCAGGGGCCAAAAGCUUACUCUGACUUUUCCACUCAAGUUUACCCUGUUUUUCUGAAUCGGUUGUCACUGCUGUCUACUGAGAUCUUUAGCUUUAAGGAGUCUGGUCAGUAUGUUCAUCAUGAUAAUACUUCUGAUCCAGUUUUUUCUGACAGUGACACAAGUAUUCAGUCACCUAUCUCAAUAGUUGAGGAACAGCAAGAAUUUUCUGCAACUGCACAUGAUGCUGAAACUAGUACUGAACCACCAGAUAAAAAUUCCAAUGCUUGUUCAGAUUUCAUUGAUCUAAUCACACCAGCAAAAGCUUGCGCAACGGAACAUGAGGAUACAAAUUUUAUUGAGCCACUAGAGAAGAUCUGCCCUGUUGGUCCAAAAUGGAAGACUAGAAUGGGUUCAAGUACAAUUGACAAAAAGAAAAGGAAGAAGAGAGCUGCAAUCCCAUUUGAUGAUGAUAACUUAGAUAUCAAGAUUAAACUAACUAAUGAAAUGGAACAAUCUUAUAUCAAAUAUGUUCGCUUGGAUCAUAUUUCAGUUAAUGAUGAUGAACCAUCUCCCACUUUCAUCUCAAUUUUUGGCUUCAACUGUUCUUAUAAAAAUUUUUGCCUAUCACUUCAACCUAGAGGACAAGUUCUAGAUGAUCUUAUGGCUGUCUAUGUUCAGUUUUUCAACCAAGAUCAUAAGCAAAACUCUGAAAGUCGAUUUCAGCGUAACAAAGUUGCAUUCACGCCAUACUUAGUGGGAAAACUGAUGAUGGAUCAUAAAACUUAUAUUCCAGAGUCAAAUGAGUCUGAAUUGACUAGAAUCAAUGAGGAAAUGGAUAUUGCUAACGCUGAUAUGCUAUUGUUUCCUAUGAACUUCAAUGGCCAUUGGAUUAUGAUCUGCAUCAACUACCUGGAUAAGAAAAUACAGUUUAUUGACCCAGCAACUCGAGUGUUUUCUGCUGAGACUGCGUUACCUGAAAAUACUAUGAAAUAUGUGACAGACAAUUUGGUUCAAAAUUUCCAGAGAACCUGUAAAGUGGCACAAAUUUUUGAUAGAGACCUACAACAGUACUCAUUUACAGUCCCACAAUGCCCCAAGCACUCCGCAUCUGCUUUCCAAAAGUUUGAUUCCGGCAUCUUCACUAUGAUGUUCAUGGAGUAUUGGAAUGGUUCACUCUUCAAGACAAUGGGUCAUGCUGAAGCAGACAAUUUUAGGAAGUACGUGGCUUUCAAGAUGAUGAAUUCAGCUUUCAACGAAAAAGCUCUCAACCAAGACCAGACACUGAGUACUGAGGAAAAGGAAUGA